GGUAAGUAUUGAUGACGUAGUACUCAAGCAGUAGCACAGCUGGCAGUCUGAAGUAAAUUAUUGGAAAUAUUUUCUCCCCACACAUCAAAAUGUCCACUACCCCCACCGACGAUAUGCUCUAUGGUUUAGAUAAAGGUGACAAUUACUAUGAUGCCGCCUCAUCUCCCUCCACCGACCUCGGAGCUUCAGCCUCUGGUGCUGGCACGCCUCUUGACGAAACUCCAGAAGAACGGGAGAGGCGCAUGACAGAACUUAAGGAAGAGUUGGAGAAGGUUGAAUCAGAAAUCAACAUGUUGCGCCAGGUUCUGGGUAGCAAAGUUAGACACGCCAGCGAGCUGAAGAGAAGAAUGGGGAUAACCCCGUUUCAAGAGUUCAAGCAAGAUUUACAGUCUGGGAUUCAGCAAAUUAAAAGCUCUGACCCAUACCAAAAGACCAAUGAUACCUUACAUCAGUUCAAUGAAAAGAUAUCGCAAACACAGGCCUACCAAAAAACCUCCGCUGUAGUGAAGACGGCCACAGAAAAAACAAGCAGUGCCAUUUCAACAGUUGGCCAGGUGGUGGCCAAGAAGAUGGGGGAUAUCAAGAACUCCCAGACAUUCAAAUCUUUUGACGAGAAGAUGCACAACACCUACGCCAAUGUCAAGUCCUCCCGCUCCAUAGAGGGCUUAAAAGAACGUUUGGCUAGAGUGACAGGCAGCAGAUCCUCCAGUGAAAUCGAUGACGCUUUCCGUGACGCCCACUCUGCAGACGAGAACCUCAUCACCACGCCAGAGUCCGCUGACGAUGCCGCAAACAUCAACCUCCCAGAGGAUAAGCUCCCACUCUAAUUAACAGCUUUUUUUAAUUAACCUGCCAACAAAAUCUUCUACUAGCCGCGAGUUGAUGUUCGCUCCCUUCAUAAAAGUCAAAUUUUAAAGAAAUGUUUGUAAUAUAGAAGUUUGAGGGUCUGCUUGACAAAUUUAUUUUUUCGGGGAGUUUAACAAUUUUUUUUUUUCAUCAAUGUACAUGAAUUAUAUUUGGUAGUUAACAUUGUUUAUUUUAAUUCUCUAAUUGUGUAUUGAAUCUUAACUUUGCUUUAAACAAAUAUUGUCCAUAUAAUUUAUGAAAAGGCAAAUGACCAAGUCAUUUAUAUAUGAUGUGUAUAGUUUGUUGUUUUUUUGUGUUCAUACCUUUAUCUUUAAAGUGAGGUCAAAUUAUGUAACUUGCAUGCUGUAGAAGUCCCUUAUCAGGGCAUAGAACAGCUAUUUAUAGAACAGCUAUUUAUAGAUGUCACCACUGUGAUGAGUUUAAACAUGCUUUCACUAAAUCAGAUACACAAGAUUCUUUUGAUUAUCUUAUUUCAAAUUAACAUAUUUCAAAUUAACAGUCCACAUAAGUAAAAGUAAUCAGAAAUGAAAAAAAAAAUUUAUUAUAAAAAAAAAAAACAAUUAUUCUGUUGUUUUGUCUGAAAUAUCAUUGUUUAUUGGAAUAUGAUAUUAAAAUCAUUUGAUUUUUUAAAAAAUUACAAAGUAUAAGUGAACAUUAUCAUUUUUAGUUGUAUGUAAUUUAUGUUAACUAACUUUAAAUACAAAACAUUGAGAUGCUGUAUAGUCUAUACGAAAACCUCAACAAGUUCUAUAUUACUUUGUUAAAAAUAUGCCUACACUUGUUUUUUUAAAACCAUCCCAGGCUGGGAGAAAAGGUAAAUUUUACAGUAACUUAUUAUUUAUUUAAAGAUACUUUUUUUAAACUGAACAUCCCUUUUUUACUAGUUUUUUUUUUUUAAAGUGGAAUUUAAAUUUGAAAUAUGUACUCAUGGGUAAUCAGACUUCUUUCUAUAUAACAAAAAAGAAAUUAACUUCUUGAAAUUUACUACUGAAAUAGUAUUUGUUUUGUUGUAUAGCAAAAGAGCAACAAGGCUAUUCCAUAACAUUUGACAAACCCCUGUCAUUAUUAAAUAAUUAAUUGUAACAACUUUCCUGUUUUAGCCUUUAGUUGAUUUAUUCCGAUAUCUAUUCAGCUAUCUAUUCAGAUAUCAAGUAUACAUUUUUGAGUAACAAAAUAUUGUGUUUGCUGGCGUACUUAUGCUUAUGUUACAGUAUGUAAACAUUAAAUAAGGCACUGCGUCAAUUACCUUCAGCUUCAUAAUGACACAUCAAGAAAAUGUAUGUCUACGUCUUAACGCAAUAGAAGCAUUCCAUAUAUGUACUAGUGUACGUCACUGUGCUAGUAGCAUUUUAAUUAUUUCAUUCCUUGUUUUGUUUUAUAAAUAAAGUAUGUUGUAAACAUUACACUUGUGAAUAUCUAAAAGUUAUUUUUGAUUUUUUUGCAAUUUUGAAUUAAAAUUUCAAAAGAGGUAACUUAUUGGGGUAAAUUUUAACAGAGGAAAUGUGGCUAUCAAUAUUUGUUUUAUUUACAUUCAUACCAUUUAUUACUGUACAUUAAAAUAGUAAUCAAAUGUUGUAACCGAAAUGAUGAGUUCAGAAAUAUUUUGGACUGGAUUGUGUAAGGUACCAUUUUUUUUUAACAAUAGCCUUUUUUAACCAGCUGGUUUUGCAAAAUUUAAGUUCAGGUUGAAUACAUUUUGCUGUGUUAUAUUUUCUGUAUUGCAUGCUAACUUCACACAGUGAAGCUAUGUUAAGGAUUGAAGGAGGGGGACACACUGGGUCAAGAUGGGAAAUGUUACUGGCUUCAUUAAAUGUUGUAUACCAACUGAUCCAACUGCAGUAAACAGUUUCAUGCUCACAACUCCACUAAUGCUCUGCAAGUUCAUUUGGGGGAGGGGGGGGGUGUUACCACACUAAUUAGUCGAGUGAUUAGGAUUAUAAGAUUCAACACUAUUCACAUACAGAAUCUAUUUGUUGUCUGCGAUGUUUUGAGUAGGAUUAUUGAACACAGUCUGGAUACUGGGGUUUGUUGACACUUAGAACCAACCAAGUUUCUUGAGUUAGCCUAAGUCAUAUGUUAUUGGUCAGCAGGCUAUUCUUCAAGUUUCUUGAGUUAGCCCAAGUCACAUGUUAUUGGUCAGCAGGCUAUUCUUCAAGUUUCUUGAGUUAGCCCAAGUCACAUGUUAUUGGUCAGCAGGCUAUUCUUCAAGUUUCUUGAGUUAGCCCAAGUCAUAUGUUUAUGGUCAGCAGGCUACUCUUCAAGUUUCUUGAGUUAGCCCAAGUCACAUGUUAUUGGUCAGCAGGCUAUUCUUCAAGUUUCUUAAGUUAGCCCAAGUCAUAUGUUUAUGGUCAGCAGGCUACUCUUCAAGUUUCUUGAGUUAGCCCAAGUCAUAUGUUUAUGGUCAGCAGGCUACUCUUCAAGUUUCUUGAGUUAGCCCAAGUCAUAUGUUAUUGGUCAGCAGGCUAUUCUUUAAGUUUCUUAAGUUAGCCCAAGUCAUAUGUUUAUGGUCAGCAGGCUAUCUCUGGUACUAGACUUGAUGAUUUCUUUUAUAGCCAGCCUCCACUUAUCUAAAUUACAUGUUUUUGUAUUUGAGUGAGGCUUUUUUUUUAUCUAAAUGAUACAUAACGUAACAUUUUGUCACAGUAAAUAUAAAAAAUAAAUGCUAAAAAAUUAUAGCAACUCAAAUAAAUGAAGAUUAUAAUAAGACGCAGACUAAAUUUUGUGCUGCAGCACUAAAGACUUUGUCGUCUUUGUGCUACGUGUAGCUAGGUCCCAUCAUGUGCAAUCAUUUAAAUGAAAUUCAAUAGAAUAAAAUUUGGUGUAAAAUUAUUCUGUGUUCACAAAAUCAUGCAUUUAUUCCACAUAUUCAUUCUGCUAAUAGCUUAGGCUGGUUUCUGUGUACAUUGCAAAAAUUAAUUUUUAAAAACCAUCAAAGUGGGUAGGAAAAGUCUGAAUUUAGCCAAACUAAAUUCAAUUAAAUUUAUGUCGUUAUUUAUCAUUGUUUAAUUAUUAUCUAUUCUAGUGCAUGAUGCUAAUGUAAAAUAAAGAACAUUAUUUAAAUCCUAUUUAAAGGAAUUUUUUUUUACAUUGAAAAUGUUUGUUGCUAUUGAAAGAUUUUUCUUUUAGAAUGUUAUUAUUACAUAAUUAUUAUUUUUUAGAUUAGCUUUUUUUAAAUAUUUAAGCUACUUUAAAAAAAAACAAGUUAACUUUCACAAAAUUAACUUUUUACAAAAUUUAAUUUUACUUAUGCAAAUUGAAAUUGUAUUCGAGAUAGACUUAAGAAAUGAAGUAUUGUUUGGGGCUGAUCAUGUGAUACGCGCCUUCAGCCAUUUUUAUGUUAUACCGGAAACCAUUCGGUCUCGUUGUUUAGUUGUUCAUUUAUCUUGUACCAUCAGUGGUUCUCACUAUGGGGUAAGCAGGGACCAAAUAUGUCUUACACAAGGUGAAAUCCUUACACGUGUUAUACAUCUUAGCCAUGUAUACCUUGUGUCUGAUAUAGGAUGUUGUAAUACAUCCUUGUUUGAUGUUUUGGUCUUUGAAGAAUGUGUCAACUAAAACUUGAGAACCAUUGACAUAAAGAAUUGUUUACUUUUUCGGUACCUUAGUUUCAGUUCUUUUCCUGCUAUCUUUGUUAUUAUUUCUAAUCAAUGUAAAUAGCCCAUGCCAAUAAAUAUUCCCAUUUCAA